AUGACGUACAGACGACGUGCAAACUUCCGAGUUCUUCAGAACUAUUUGUCAGAGAAAGAAGGGGAGAGAGAGCCUGUGCUUUUUGAUGAUCUUCCACCUGUCAGCAGUACUGACUUGGGAGCAGGAGGCUCUCUGCUUUUUGAUGAUCUCCCACCUGCCAGCAGCGGCAACUUAGCUUCUCACCCCGCAGAGUAUGUUUCAUCUCCUGUGAGCCAUGGGAAAGGAGUGAAGAGGAGUUCCACUGAGGGAGAGAAGAAUGGGAGUGAAGAACUUGUGGAAAAGAAAGUUUGUAAAGGCUCUGCAGGUAUUCUUGGUCUGAAGGGUUAUGUGGCAGAGAGGAAAGGUGAGCGAGAAGAGAUGCAGGAUGCUCAUGUCAUUCUGAAUGAUAUCACAGAGGAAUGCAGCCCCCUGCCUGCUCAGAUUACCCGUGUUUCAUAUUUCGCUGUCUUUGAUGGCCAUGGAGGAGUUAGAGCUUCAAAGUACGCGGCACAGAAUCUGCACCAAAAUCUGAUCAGAAAAUUCCCUAAAGGAGAGAUACCCAGUGUGGAGAAAACAAUAAGAAGAUGCCUUCUGGAUACCUUCAAGCACACAGAUGAGGAGUUUCUCAGACAGGCUUCCAGUCAGAAACCUGCCUGGAAGGAUGGCUCCACAGCAACCUGUGUUCUGGUGACUGAUAACACUCUUUAUAUUGCCAACCUUGGAGACAGCCGGGCGAUUCUGUGUCGUUAUAACGAAGAGAGUCAGAAAUAUACAGCCUUAAGUCUCAGUAAAGAACAUAAUCCGACCCACUACGAUGAGCGGAUGAGAAUCCAGAAGGCUGGGGGAAACGUCAGGGAAGGACGAGUUCUGGGAGUCCUGGAGGUCUCUCGCUCCAUUGGGGAUGGACAGUACAAGCGCUUCGGGGUCAUCUCUGUGCCAGAUAUUAAACGCUGCCAACUUACACAGAAUGACAGGUUUAUCUUGUUAGCUUGUGAUGGUCUCUUCAAAGUCUUCUCGCCAGAGGAAGCUGUGAACUUCAUCAUGUCUUGUCUGGAGGACAGUACUAUUCCAACCAGAGAGGCCAAAUCCACACUUGAUGCUAGAUAUGAAGCAGCCUGUAACAGGCUGGCCAACAAAGCAGUGCAGCGAGGAUCAGCGGAUAAUGUCACGGUGGUGGUGGUCCGGGUUGAACAAUGAUGGGAAACUUGUGCAAGUGAGAUCCUUAGCAGCAUGCAAUGAAUUUAAUGGGACAAAUUAGUGUGUCGGUGAGUGUGU